CAGUACUGGGACUAAUAUGAUCUGCAUAUCGUUAUGGUUGUGGGAUUAUAAUAACCAUCUAUGGAUCUGUGUAUGCAAUGCUUAAAUUCUUGUUCUGCUUUUUCAGUUACAGCCAAAAGAGAGCCUAAAUGCAAGAAUUUUACAACAAAGAGCUAUAAUUUGUUUUCAGCUAAUACACGUGUUAAGUGGAUCAUUUUUCAGACUGAUGCUACAGCUGCUUCCCUCAGUUCAGGAACUGUUUGGGGGCUUUUAUGGCACUGCCUGGUGUUUCUGCUGAGUGAGAAUGCUUAUUCCUUUCACAGGCUGCCGUCCUCGUUUUGCUGGGAGUCUUUUGGACUCAGAGCUCUGCGUUGGAGAGCUUUUCCCUGCUAGAUCCUCAAAAUGACUACGUCGCUGGAACUAUGACUAUUGACACUGACAAGCGCGUUGUUCUUGUCCAUGUCCGUUCUGGCGUGUACUCCUCUGAUACCAUCAUUGACUAUGCGCGUGGAUAUAUUGCAACAAGGUUAUUUUCACGAAAUGCCUGCUUUAUCAUGAAAAUAAAUAAGCAAUACAUCCCAGAUAUGCAAGAAAUGGGACGUCUGGCUUUUGCGAGAGAGACUAUGAACACCGUAUACUCUCCAAAUAAUGUGUGGGUACAGUUUCAAUCUGGCGAUUCCAGAUUUGGGCGUAUGAAAGACUGGAUUGUCUAUGGUAAACCCAUUGAACAACUCUGCACAGGUCUGCCUCUCUACCAGCUUGUAAAGACUGAACCACUACCAAAUUUUCAUGGCUGUGCCAGUGCAGGAAUUCCAAGCAUAUUGGGCCUUAAAAUAUGUGAAAAAAUCAAUCGACGUGAAUAUUGACAAUUUUGCUGUAUGGAACUGGCUUGAUUCUUUGCAUGCUUUUGUGGUGGUACCAUGUUCUCCAACUGGAACAAAAUGGUGCUAGACUCAGCUUGCCUCUCCUAAGCUUU